AUGUCACCAAUAAAGAAAGAGGCUGACUCUAUAAAUGUUCAAGAGUUGAAAAAUGGCGAUGGUGCAAGCAGUACUGAGUUCAAACAAACUGAUUUAGCAGAUGGUGAAAAAGUUACAUAUAAAGAAGCUGAUGAGUUGUUGAAAUUCAUGGAACAAUAUGAACCAACUUCAAAAGAGUUGACACCAGAGGAAUCUAAACAUUUAGAUAAGAAAAAUUUCUCAAUUACUUUAUUGCUUGUUACGCUAGUUACAUUGAUUUUAUUCAUGGAUAAAGCAACUAUUGGCUAUACCACUAUAUUGGGAAUUUACAAAGAUACAGAUUUAACUAAAAAGGGUUUCAAUAAUUUGAAUUCAAUUUUUUAUGCUGGAUAUCUAAUUGCUCAAUGGCCAUGUCAUAUCUUGAUGCAAAAAUUCCCAAUUGGUAAAUAUUUAUCAAUUUCCAUCUUUUUAUGGGCUGUUAUACUUGGUGGUACUGCUGCUUGUAAAAAUUAUUCACAAUUAAUGGCAUGUCGGUUUCUAUUAGGUGCUACUGAAUCAGUGGUUACUCCAGCUUGUGAAAUCACAUUGGGUAUGUUUUUAGAUACUGAACAACGUGAAGUUGCUCAACCAAUCUUUUGGAUGGCUACUGCAAUUGCACCUUUAAUUUCAUCAUUUGUUGCUUAUGGAUUAUUACAUGUUGAAAACGUUUCAACUUUCCCUUGGAGAAUAUUCAUGUCUUUAAAUGCAGGAUUAUCAUUGAUUUUAGCUUUAAUUGUUUGGAUUUUCUAUCCUGAUAAUCCAUCAAAUGCUAAAUUCUUAACAGUUGAUGAAAAAGUUCAUUUAAUUAAAAAAAUUCAAAAUUCUACAAAGUCUUCAAUUGAACAAAAGACAAUUAAAAAACAUCAAAUCAUUGAGACUUUCAAAGAUCCAAUUUCAUGGUUAUUUGCCCUUCAAUCUUUUACAUUAAUGCUUUCAAAUUCUUUACAUUACCAACAAAAUCAAUUGUAUUUGGAUAUUGGUGUUAAUAAUUUAGGCUCAUCUUUAGUUUCAGCUACUGGUGCAGGAUUCGAUAUAUUGAUGUAUCUUGUAUUCACAAUUAUCAUUAAGAAAUUUCCAAAUCAAAAUGGUUAUAUUGGUUCAAUUUGUUUGAUAAUUCCAAUUGCAUCAAGUAUAGCCAUGGUUACAAUACCAUGGGAAAAUAAAAAGGCGUUAUUAGCAAAUAUGAUUUUAGCAGGAUCAACAAAAGGUGUUGCCUAUAUUGUGGAAUUGGGUUGGACUACAUCUUCAGCAGCAGGUUAUACAAAGAAACUUUAUAGAAAUGUGAUGUUUAUGAUUGCAUAUAGUGUUGCUAAUAUGAUUUCACCACAAUUAUGGAAUCCAAAAGAUGCUCCAAGAUAUUAUUCUUCAUGGAUUGUACAAAUUGUUGUUGCUUUUUUCUUGAAUGGUGUUAUCUUGUUGAUUAUAAGAUUGAUUUUGAGUAAAAGAAAUAAGCAAAGAUUACAAGAUGAUGAUGACAAAGACUAUUAUGUUCAAACUGAUGAAGGUGUACUAGAAAGAGUUGAUGUUGCCAUGUUGGAUUUGACUGAUUUGGAGAAUAAGAAAUUUAUUUAUCCUUUGUAA